AUGCCCUUCCACCACAACGACUGGUCCGGCACGGCCGCCGCUGGCGCCGUCGGCGCGGCCAGCAACGGCACCGUGAUCGACGCUGACCCGCGGCUGCGGUCGAUCACGCUGCCGUGGCCGGCCGGCCAGCAGGGGCCGGUCACGUUCUGGGUCCCGCAAGCUUCCAGCCCCGUGGUCGACGUUGGCGACAACCCUGGCAACGACUUGGCCGACAUCCGCGGGCUGGCCCGCGUCGUCGGCGCGGCCGCCGACAUCGGCGCCGCGGAGAACCAGGCGCCCGUUGCCGCGUCCAACCUGAGCGCCACCCUCAACGAAGACACGGCCUUUGACGCGCCCGCGCCUGGCGUGCUGAGUGGGGCAAUUGACGCUGACCAGGACGUGAUGACGGUUUCGGUUGUCCUUGGACCCACCAAUGGCACCCUUGCCUUGGCGGCCAACGGGUCUUAUAAGUACGUCCCGAAUCCCAACUUCUUUGGAGUUGACGGGUUUGUCUUCCAGGCGUCGGACGGGGCGAGGGCCAGUGCUGCGCAACGUGUGACCCUUAUCAUCCUCCCAGUGGAGGACCCACCAAUUGCAGGGAAUGUGACGUACAGCGUGAACCAGGACUUCACAUUGUCAAUCCCCGCGCCCGGCGUGCUGAGCCGCUCUGUAGACUACGAUCCCUCCGACACGUUGACUGCUGUCUUGCAGCGCGGCAACGGGCCCAACAAUGGUGUUUUGACCCUGGCAGCCGACGGCUCCUUCAAUUACACGCCCAACACCGGGUUUGCAGGCGUAGAUGGCUUCAAUUUUACAAUGAAAGACUCCGGUGGCGGUGCUGACGCGCAGGCCUAUGCAGCAAUCAUUAUAGUCCCUAAUGAGCCCCCGAGCGCCACGGACCUUACAUUCGUCGCCAAGGAGAGCACUGUGCUGACCAUCGGGGCAGCGGCAGGCGUUUUGGCUGCGGCCACCGAUCCUGACGGGGACCUGCCGCUGACUGCUGUGGUCCUGACGCGCAACGGCCCCCAGCACGGGGCUGUGAACCUUGGGCUGGACGGCUCCUUUGUGUACGAGCCGGUCGCCGGGUACAACGGCGCCGACGCGUUCAACUUCACUGUCAGGGACAAAAGAAAUGGGACUGUGACGCGUCAGGCAUUCAUCAACAUCAGUGAGUAG